AUGCCGGGAGCCUUUGGCAGUGCGGCUGCGGUGCCAGUACCUGGCUACGGCCUAGGGGUUGGUUCUCAAGGCUUGGCUGCUCUUAGGAGGAAGCUAACUCUGUUGGGAGAUGGCUGUGAUAAGAUUUGCCUCCUCUUUGCUCUGCACCAUGAACAGUUCCCUAAAUGCUACGAGCCAACUGUGUUUGACAGACACGCUGACAUUGAGGCAGAGGGGAGGAAGGUGAAGCUGAAAAUCUUUGAUGUCGCAGGGACAGAUGAGGCCAGUUACCAAAAUCUCCACUCUGUUUCCUAUCAGGACACAGACUUUAUUUUGUGCUUUUCUGUGGAUAGGCUAAGCUCACUGCAAGACAUCCUUGAUAUGUGGGUUCCAGAAAUCAAACUCUCCUGCUCCACAGUGCCUAUUAUUCUGGUGGCUAAAGAGCUAAGGGAUGAUGACUGCAUCAAGAAGAAAGUAGCCACUUUGGGCAAAGAGCCAAUUAGCACWGCUAAUAAAUCUUUGCCUGCCAGCACUGGGACAUGUGCUUACCUGGAGUGCUGUGCCAGGACAAAAGAAGGUGUUGAUGCAGCCUUGGAGAUUAUUAGCCAAUGUGUGUUAAAUGAGAAGAAGGAGUARAAAGAGGUAUCAGAGGUCCCCCCGAAUUUUCUAAGAGGAGUCGAUAUUAUUUUGCUGUUGAAUUUCAUUCUGUGGAAAGUUAGGUAG